CUCAACAACCGGUUCAUUCUUCAUUUCACUCAUCCCCCAAACUCGCCUCUCAAUUUCCCCUUCCCCUAAGAUGGCCACCGCCGCCGCCGAAAUCGCUGACCGGCACCCCCCCAUCGCCGUCGCAAGCCUGCCCCACCUGACCGACCACUUCCCGACCCUCCAAAGCAGAACCAACCCACUCCAGAACAACCAGUUCUUCCACCCAAUAGACGGCUUCUACGCCACCUCCACCGACGUCGUCCUCCGCCGCAUCGCCUUCGACCUCUCCAGAAAGCCUUCUCCAGCACACGUGGCGUACUACCGAGCUGGUCCACGGCGGUCGGUUUACUUCGAACCGGAGUCGGUUCGAGCGGCGAUCGUGACGUGUGGAGGGCUGUGCCCCGGGAUGAACACGGUGAUCAGAGAGCUGGUGGUGGGGCUUUGGGAGCUGUACGGAGUGCGGCAGAUACAUGGGAUUGUGGCUGGCUACAGAGGGUUUUACUCGAGCGAGCCGGUGGAGCUGAGUCUGAAGCUGGUCGAUGAUUGGCAUAAGAGAGGCGGCACCGCCCUCCGAACCUCCCGAGGUGGGUUUGAUCUCCGGAGGAUCGUCGAUGCCAUCCAAGAUCGUGGUUUCAAUCAGGUCUAUAUAAUCGGAGGAGAUGGCACAAUGCGCGGCGCCGUCAAGAUAUUCGAAGAAGUAUGUCGUCGGAAUCUGCAAGUCGCCGUCACCGGGAUCCCGAAAACAGUUGACAAUGACAUAGGAAUCAUCGACCGAUCAUUCGGAUUCCAAACAGCCGUCGAAAUGGCGCAGCAGGCAAUCAGCGCCGCUCAUGUGGAGGCUGAGAGCGCGGUGAACGGCAUAGGUCUCGUGAAAUUGAUGGGCAGAAGCACUGGCCAUAUCGCUCUUCACGCCACAUUGAGCAGUCGAGACGUCGAUUGCUGCUUAAUACCUGAAAUGGAGUUUUAUUUGGAAGGCGACGGAGGUUUGUUUCCGUUUCUUGAGCGGAGGUUGAAGGAGAAUGGGCAUGCGGUUCUGGUGGUUGCAGAGGGAGCAGGACAGGAUACAAUACCUAGAACUGAGGCACAAAAGGAAGAGCGGGACGAAUCUGGAAAUCCGGUGUUCUUGGAUGUGGGCGGAUGGUUGAAGACGGAACUCAAAGAUUGGUGGGCGAGAACGCACCCCGGUGAGUUGUUUACUGUUAAAUACAUAGAUCCUACUUACAUGAUUCGUGCUGUGCCUGCAAAUGCUACAGAUAACUCCUAUUGUACAUUGCUUGCUCAUUCUGCAAUUCAUGGGGUAAUGGCUGGUUAUACUGGAUUUGUCUCUGGCCCUAUUAAUGGAAACUAUUCGUAUAUUCCUUUGAAAGAUGUAGCAGAAGCAAAGAAUGAAGUUAAUACGAGAGAUCAUAAAUGGGCAUGGGUUAGAUCUGUCACUAAUCAGCCUGAUUUUGUAGAAACUCGACUAUUCGUUCCAGGAAAUCGGAGUUCAUCAGGGAUUUCUAGUUGAAAUAGAUUUUAGGAUUCUGUGUCUGGAAAGAGUUGUUGGAGAUAUCUGUAACUGUAUCAUACCUUUAAUCUUUUGAAAUCAAAGUGCACUUCUGUUCUGUA